AUGUCAGUUCUCGAUCAAAUCAAGCAGUACACUACCAUUGUUGCCGAUUCUGGUGACUUUGAGACUAUUGCACAAUACAAACCCCAAGAUGCAACUACCAACCCAUCUUUGAUCCUGGCAGCUUCUCAAAAGUCUCAGUAUGCUCCAUUGAUUGAGGCAGCUAUUGAGUAUGGCAAGAGUAAGGGAGGAUCUAAGGAGGAGCAAGCUGAAUGGGCCAUGGAUCGGUUGUUGGUCAAUUUCGGCAAGGAGAUUCUCAAGAUUGUACCCGGCCGUGUAUCAACCGAAGUGGAUGCUCGUUUGUCAUUUGAUACGGAUGCUACUAUUGCCAAGGCUCUUCGCUUGAUCAAGAUGUAUGAAGAUGAUGGUAUCAAGAAAGAUCGCAUCCUUAUCAAGAUUGCUUCCACUUGGGAGGGUAUCCAUGCUGCAUCGGUAUUGGAAAAGCAACAUGGCAUCCAUUGCAACUUGACAUUGUUGUUUGGUUUCCCACAAGCAGUCGCAUGUGCCGAAGCAGGUGUCACUUUGAUCUCUCCAUUUGUGGGCCGUAUUAUGGAUUGGUACAAAAAGUCUACUGGUAAAUCUUCCUAUGAACCAGCCGAGGAUCCAGGUGUGCUAUCAGUGACCAAGAUUUACAACUAUUACAAGCAAUACGGCUACAACACCAUUGUCAUGGGUGCUUCCUUCCGAAACACCGGGGAGAUUGAGGAGCUGGCUGGAUGCGACUUUUUGACCAUUUCCCCUGCAUUAUUGGGAGAGUUGAACCAGGACACCAAAAAGAUCAGCCAAAAGCUAUCACCUGAAAAGGCAAAGGCACAAAGCAUCCCCAAGGUAUCCUUCUUCAACAAUGAAAAGGCUUUCCGUUGGGAAAUGAAUGAAGACGCUAUGGCUACUGAAAAGCUCUCGGAAGGCAUCCGUAACUUUGCAAAGGACGGUGUCAAAUUGGAAACCAUGCUCAAGGAAAAGUUGUAA